GUACCAACUUCUACACUGAGAUUUUUUUAGCAAUUCCAAAGUUUAAUAAAAGCAAAUUCAACUUCAUUAAUUGAUAAUGGCUCUACAAACUGCUGCUCAUGUGUUUGCCCCUUCUUCAUUCUCCCUUCACAAAGAGGGAAAAUCAUCGUUGAAGGAGUCGAGCCUCUUUGGAUUUCCACUAAUAGAUCAUGUCAAGGCUGACAUGAAGAGAGGGUUAUUCAAUUCAAGAAAGUCGUCUUCGAUUAGGGUUCAGGCGGUGGCGUCGGCGGCGGCAACAACCGCCCCGACAUUCACCCCUUCGACGGUCCAAGGUAAGAAAACCCUAAGAAAAGGCACCGUAAUAAUCACCGGAGCCUCCUCCGGUUUGGGGCUAGCGACGGCCAAAUCCCUCUCGGAAACCGGGAAAUGGCACGUCGUAAUGGCGUGCCGGGACUUUCUGAAGGCGGAGAAAGCCGCCAAAGCCGCCGGCAUGUCGAAGGAGAACUACACCAUCAUGCACCUAGACCUCUCCUCCCUCGACAGCGUCCGCCAGUUCGCGGACGGCUUCAAGCGCUCCGGCCGCCCGCUCGACGUCCUCGUGUGCAACGCCGCCGUCUACCAGCCGACCGCCAGGGAGCCGUCGUUCACCGCAGACGGCUUCGAGCUGAGCGUCGGCACCAACCACCUAGGCCACUUCCUCCUCUCCAGGCUCCUCCUCGACGAAAUGAAACAAUCCGACUACCCGUCCAAGCGACUCAUAAUCGUCGGCUCCAUCACCGGAAACACGAACACCCUGGCAGGAAAUGUGCCCCCGAAGGCGAGCCUGGGAGACAUGCGCGGGCUCCAGGGCGGGCUGAACGGGCUGAGCUCCACCAUGAUCGACGGCGGAGGGUUCGACGGGGCGAAGGCGUACAAGGACAGCAAAGUGUGCAACAUGCUGACGAUGCAGGAGUUCCACCGGAGGUACCACGAGGAGACGGGGAUCACGUUCGCCUCGCUGUACCCUGGCUGCAUAGCGACUACCGGGCUCUUCAGAGAGCAUAUUCCGUUGUUCAGGCUACUUUUUCCGGUGUUCCAGAAGUUCGUUACGAAGGGGUUUGUGACGGAGGAGGAAUCCGGAGAGAGACUCGCGCAGGUGGUGAGUGACCCGAGUUUGACCAAGUCCGGUGUGUAUUGGAGCUGGAAUAAAGAUUCGGCCUCGUUUGAGAACCAGUUGUCCAAAGAGGCGAGUAAUGCCGAUAAGGCGCGUAAAGUGUGGGAGAUCAGUGAGAAACUCGUCGGUUUGUCCGAAGCCGCCUGAUUUUAGAGAGAGAGAGAGAUGAGAGAGAAGAGCACCUGUAAAAUUUAUCUUCAUUAUCAGUAAUAAAACCACUCGAUCCACAUUUAUUUAACUUUUUCGGUAGUUAAUUAAUCAACAGUUUUUUUUUUUUU